GACCAGUACCAGGGCACCGUCUGGUUCAGCUACUACCGGGGCGAAGAGGCGGCCUUCUUCAUGAACCGCCUGGGCUACGACGCCAUGGCCUUGGGGAACCAUGAGUUUGAUAAUGGGUUGGAUGGACUAUUGAAUCCGUUACUUAAAAAUGUGAAUUUUCCUAUCCUGAGUGCCAACAUUAAGGCAAAAAAAACAAUAGCAAGCAACAUCACUGGAUAUAUCCUACCUUACAAAAUAGUAAACGUGGGUUCAGAAAAAAUUGGAAUUGUUGGCUAUACCACAAAGGAGACUUCUUUUCUUUCAAAUCCAGGAGAUGAUAUCAUAUUUGAAGAUGAAAUUGAAGCAUUGCAACCACAAGUGGACAAACUUAUCAAUUUGGGAGUGAACAAAAUUAUUGCACUAGGACACUCUGGCUUUUUGGUGGACCAACAAAUUGCUCAAAAAGUGAGAGGAGUGGAUGUUGUUGUUGGGGGACAUACAAACACAUUUCUGUAUACAGGGCCCCCACCUUCCAGUGAAGUACCAGUUGGCAACUAUCCAUUCAUGGUACAAUCAGAUGAUAACAGACUUGUGCCAGUUGUACAAGCUUAUGCGUUUGGAAAAUAUCUUGGCUAUUUAAAUGUUACAUUUGAUGAGAAAGGAAACGUAAUCCAAGCAUCUGGAAACCCUAUUUUGCUUGAUAGCAGUAUUCCUGAAGCUCCAGAUUUGAAAGCGGAAGUUGACAAGAAGAGAAUACCACUAGAUGAAUAUGCUUCCAAGGAGAUUGGAAAAACUAAUGUGUACCUGAAUGGUACAAGUCAGGCAUGCCGUUUCCAUGAAUGCAACAUGGGAAAUAUGAUAUGUGAUGCUAUGCUCUACAAUGCUGUUGGACAUCCAGAUGAAAAUACAUGGAAUCAUGUUUCAAUGUGCAUUCUGAAUGGAGGUGGGAUACGGUCACCCAUUGAUGAACAGAUCAAUAAUGGCACUAUUACUAUGGAGGAUCUAUUGGCUGUGUUGCCAUUUGGAAUGACUUUUGAUCUGCUCGUGUUAAAAGGGUGCACACUGAAGGAAGCAUUUGAGCACAGUGUGCACAGAUAUGGAAGAGGAACCGGUGAGCUGCUGCAGGUUGGGGGCAUCCAUGUGGUCUAUGAUGUCUCCAGAACACCAGGAAACAGAGUUGUUAGCAUUGAAGUUCUUUGCACUGCCUGUAGAGUACCCACCUACGUACCACUCGAAAUGGACAAAACAUAUACAGUGAUUCUUCCUUCAUUUCUGUAUCAGGGAGGAGAUGGUUACAAUAUGCUGAAAGAGAAAUCACUGAACCAUAGUCGUGGUGAUUUCGACAUUGAUGUAGUCUCACGUUACCUUGACAGAAUGGGAAAAGUCUUUCCAGCAGUUGACGGUCGAGUGAAAUUUUCCGCUGGAAAUUUCAUCCAAGGAAGUCUUACUCUGGUUUCAGUUUUGCUCAUUGUAACAUUCCUAUGCUUCAGUUAAUUCUCCUAGCAAUGUU